GGACUUGGGUCGCUUGUCUCUCGAGCUUUUCCUUGCGAUAACUUUUCUGAUCAAUUUGACUGUCAAGUUUUACUUGGACUUUCUUGUUGGUUUCAGUUAUCAAGGGUUUCACCUGCCGUCCAAGUCCAGAACAAUCUACUAUACUGAAAUAACAGCUUCGACAUUCUUCGUGAUACGUCCCAAGGUGUUAUAAAUUACCCCCAUGGGACCAGUGAAGCUGGCCAUCGUUGGCGGAGGGCCAUCUGCAUUCUAUGUUGCUUCUCGGCUUCUGUCUCUCCUUCCACACUCAAAUGCAAGUUCACCACCACUCAAAAUACAUCUCUUUGAUCGUCUGUGGGCACCACACGGACUUGUCAGAUAUGGUGUAGCGCCAGAUCAUCCUGAGGUCAAGAACUGCACGAACAAAUUUGAUACUGCAGCAGCAGAUCCCCGCUUCCGCUUCUUUGGCAAUGUGAAUAUUGGAAAUGCACCCCUAUCCUCCAUUCCCCAUGCACUUACGGUUCCACUAUCUUCCCUAUACGAGCAUUAUACACACCUUUUGUUCGCAUCAGGGUGUACCAUUCCUACUCUCCAUUCGGCGGUACCUCCUUCUGCUCACUGCAUUCCCGCACUUUCUCUCGUUCACUGGUAUACCCAACACCCUUCUCGACCUGCCCCUCCAUCUCUUGACAAAAUCACCCAUGUUACUUUGAUCGGCAAUGGCAAUGUAUCCCUUGAUAUAGCUCGCAUUCUCCUCACCUCUCCAUCUGUACUCGCGAAAUACGACGUUCCACAGCCUGUUUUAGAAGUCCUUUCUCGUUCGGCUGUAAGGCAUGUAUCGAUUGUGGGCAGACGAGGUCCUUUAGAGGCAGCUUUUACUAUGAAGGAGCUGAGGGAAAUGAUUAAUCUUCCUGAAGCUUCCAUGGUACCUAUCGAGCCCUCUCUAUUAUCGCCUCCCUCCAGCACCCAACUAACGCGCCAACAAAGUCGCGUGCUUGAUCUCCUCCGAAAAGGGUCUAAAAACCCUCCAGGCUCAACUUCGAAAUCAUGGUCCCUCGACUUUUUCCGCUCUCCAACCGGGCUGACUCCCCCAUCCCCCUCUUCUCCCUCGGCGAAGCUCUCUCUCGCGCACACCGCCCUUGAUCCAACGACUAACCGAGCCAUUCCCACAGGAGAGACCUCUGCGCUCUCGACAUCGCUCGUCGUCACGUCGCUCGGCUUCCGUGCGGAUCCAGAGACGUCUUUCUACGAUCCUGGUCUUACCCACCUGCGGUCUAUGGCAGGACGCAUCAUCUCAUCUUCUGGAAACGCCCUCAAGAACAUCUAUAGUUCUGGCUGGGCGGCCAACGGCGCCAAGGGAGUACUGGCAUCCACCAUGAUGGAUGCCUAUGCCGUCGCAGAUACCAUUCUAUCGGAUAUAACGCCUGGUAGCGACACUGUGGAAACGACGCCGACGUCCACUACUCGAGAAGUUGGUAUAUCGUCUGCUGACACGCUCAACUCAGAUCCCCACCCUGAAAAUCCACCGCCAGAAAUAAACGAUGGACUGAAGGCUGGUCUUGUAACACAAUAUAAGGACUGGAAGGCCAUUGACGCUGAAGAGAUACGGAGAGGUGAGCUACUCGGAAAAGAGCGGGAGCGCAUGAACUGGGAAGAAGCUCGAGCAUUCCUAUCGCAGAGUUCAUAAAGCCGUUUAUACUGGCUAAUCCUCGGAGGCAUAUAAUCACAAUAGACAUCCAAAUUUUAAUUAUAGAGUACUUCCGCUAUUCAACAAAUCCUCCGUGAAUAUCUCACCUCAAAAUAAACUGUAUGGUAUCAAAAUUACGUUGUACU